UAAUGAAAGUAUUGAUUAUCUUAUUGUUAAUCAUUUUAUUUCUUUCGAGUCAUUGUCCGACACAGAGGUUUAUCUUAAGAAACAGUCAGCAAUUGAUUUAUCCGGUUAUGAGACAACUCAGACUUUGGACGUUACCUGUAAUGAGACAUAACAAACACCUCAUCGGAUGGGAUGUCGAGGAAUGUAUUGUUGAGAAUCCCUUUUACGGAUCGGUUGGUCUCGAUUGUUGGCCUUGCGAUCGAGUCUUUAAGGCCUCCGAUUUAACAGAUUUCCCACUUUUGGCCAAAGAGUAUGUCAACAAUGAAAAGCCAUUUAUUAUCAAAGAUAUUAUUAUCAAUGAAAUCACUGCCAAAACAUUAGUUGACACCUACUUAGCAAACCGCGAACCACUUGAGUUCGGAACGACCCGAUUGGUCAGCAAUUGUGACACAAAACAAAUGGAUAGUUUAAAAGAUAUGAUGUCAUUACUGUCCAACUCUUUGAAUGUCAAUAACAAGAGUUUGGACAAUGUAUUUGUCCAGAAGCCUGACAUUCACGUCGAGUGGAAAGUCAAUCGGGUUGAAGCCAUUCGAGUGAUUCGUAAACUAUCGGUUCGACCAAACUUUGUUCCCAACAGUUCCGAAGUGGCUCUUCAGCGCUUUGUUUUCAUAUCUGGUCCAAAAUCACCAAAGUUUUCAAUGCCAAAGACCGAGUUCGCCAAUGUAUGGCUAACACAGGGAUCUGGUUAUCGGCUUAUUGUCCUCAAGCCGUCGCCAAUGUGUGCCAACAAUUGUACCACAUUUUCGGUUAUAUUGAAACCAAAGGAUACCCUGUAUUACAAUUGGCAGUUCUAUAGGCCGGUAGCGAUGCCGGCGACUGUCACCAACUCUAACCAAUUAAGCAUUACUUUUGUCACAUCUUUUUAUUGA